GGCAACUAGUUCUGCAGCAAUAUCAUUCAAACUCGAACUACUUCUUUCGGUAACCAAUCACUUAUUUCUCCGAAUGGCCUGCAAACUCGAGCCAAUGCCAAUGAGUUAUCAAAACGUACACUGUGCCGUUCUCCAGCAACCACCAACCACAGCUGCAGUGUACCACUCUACACCUCCAUCUCCAAUCCCUCAGCAAGUGAUAGUCAACAGCAUGCCUGCAACUUAUCACCAUGGCCAAAUGCAAAUGAUGUCUGAGACUGGCUACAUGGUACCCGAUCCAUUUGGAGUUGUGGAUCCGUACACAAACUGUUAUCGCCAUCUCAGCACUUCAAGCAGCACCAGUGGGCCCUACAGCCCAACCGACUACGACUUGCUAGGCCUCGGAGAUGACGUAUUCAGCGAUCUGGCUAUCGGACCUGAAGAAGCCGAACAGGCAUUCGGAGAGACAUUCCUAAAAUCUCUGCAUUGCCUAGACCUCGACUUCAGCAUGGAUUUGGAAUCUGAUCACAGCUCUGGAACGGAUUCUUUGAGUUUGACUCCUCACACUCCUGAGGAAGUCAUUCCACCUCCAAUUGGAGCUGAAACUGAGAUCAGAAUUGCACCACCACCUCCUCUAAUCAAGGCCCCAGUUGCGAGGAGACGCUGUAAUGUAAAGAGCAAGCCACGAAGGAAGUCCUCGACAUCAAAAGACUUUGAUGGAGUGAGCUCUUUAGUGAGAUGUGCCAAAAUUGCAGGAAAGGUCGAUGAAAACGGAGAGCCAACAAUUUCUGACUGUGAGAACACAGCCUACAUUGACGGCUCAAAAGUCUACUACUGCUCUUAUGAAGGCUGUGACAAAGUCUACUCGAAAAGCUCCCACUUGAAGGCCCACUUGAGGCGACACACCGGCGAGAGACCAUUUGCUUGCAACUGGCCUGGCUGUGAAUGGAAGUUCUCUCGAUCUGAUGAGCUGGCACGUCAUGAGCGAAAGCACACUGGUGUGAAGCCAUUUGGCUGCACCAUCUGUGGGAAGAAAUUCACCCGAUCUGAUCAUCUCUCCAAGCAUGUCAAGAUUCAUCUUAAGCCUCGUAAGCCAAGAGGUGGUGGCCGAGCCAGAGGCAGGAGAAUCAGUUCUGUCUCAAGCAUUGAAGAAGGAUCCUCUCCUCUCUCAUCUCCCUUCUCCGAUCACAGCAAUUAGGUGAAUUCAAAUCUUUGAUUUUUCGGUUGAGUUUGAAUGUUAAUCUUUCUUUUGUUACUUAUUAUUACUGUUUUUGUUUGGCUUGAUCGGCACUUUGACGGCAGCCUGAUCGUGCCCAGCUAAUCUAAUGCAAAG